CUGGCCGACUUGGAACGGGGAGGUAGACUACGUAUGGUACAUAUAGAACGCCGAUGCUGACUUUCGCCGGUGACCUGGAAGUGCCUUGUCAACGCGGAAAGCAGGAAACAGAUUUCAAGUCCUGAAGGCUGACGACAGAACGUGCCACUCACAGAUCUGCGACAUCAGUGCUCAGAUUCCUACAAUAUGUCGGGGUUCGCACGCCUUUUCGUGGUACUGGCAGUUUUAGCUUUGGCAGUUUCAGUCAGGGGAAGUGAUGAUCAGAGUGUCUUGGCCGCAAUGGAAGAACAUGGAGUUGUUCCUGAUGUAAUUGACACUGCACCAACAGAUAAAGUGGAGGUAACCUAUGGGCUUCUCAGUGCGAGCCUCGGUAAUGAGCUGACUCCGACACAAGUGAAAGACAUUCCAUCUGUGCACUGGAAAGCUGAUGAUGGGUCAUACUACUUACUCUGCAUGACAGAUCCUGAUGCUCCUAGCCGUGCUAAUCCUGUGAGGAGAGAAUUUCGUCACUGGCUGGUUGGUAACAUCCCUGGUGACAAAGUAGACCAAGGAGAAACACUUACUGAGUAUGUGGGAUCUGGGCCUCCUAAGGAUUCAGGGCUCCAUCGGUAUGUCUUCCUGGCGUACAAGCAGCCUGGCAAAAUAAGUUACGAGGAGCCUCGUAUAAAUAACACGUCCAGGGACACACGCCCUAAUUUCUCCAUCAAGGCGUUUGCACUGAAGUACAAUCUUGGAAAUCCAGUCGCUGGCAACUUUUUCCAGGCCCAGUAUGACGACUAUGUUCCUACUCUGCAUGCUCAGUUUAGUGGCCACUGAAUUCUUGCCCUUGUAGUUGGUAGACUCUUGAUUGACGUGGUUUUUUUUGAGAAGUGUAUUUUUCUGGAUAAUUGAAACACUGGUUGUUCUACAAAAAUGAAAGGAAAUUUUCAGAUGUGACAUACACAUAAUUUUAUGUACAGACAUACACUAAUUAAAUUUUUAAAUCUUUUCUAGUACUUAACAGAAAGUAUUUUAUAUACAAACUAUUUUUAAAAAGAAUUCCAAUUUAUAGUAAUGUUCUGUUGUCGUAAACUUCAGGUUUGAGCAACAAUUGUUUUAAGUUAAAUAAUAUGUCUUUGUUUUAUAUAGUUCUUUCUUUUUAAAUGUUCUGAAUUUACAACAGAUUUUCUAAAUUAAUUUUUUAAAAUUUGUUUCAAACCGAUUGUCCUCCGGCAAUCUUCCCCCAGAUAAUUGUGAGUGUUUAGAACGAAAUUAUGUUUCAUUUAUAGCCAAAAUUUUAAGCAAAAUUUGUAAGAAAAUAUAAUAACAUGUAAACUUGUUAGUUCUUAUAGAAAAAUGAUGUAUGAAUCAAAUAUAAUUAAAGAAUAGCAGAAUAAACAAUGUGUGUGCA